GAGCGGCACAACAGAUUCCAAAGUUCAGACGAGACAGCCGCGAUGUACAGAAAAUCGGAGAGGUUUCCGGCCACUCGACGGAUUUCCGAUGAGAUGUACAACAACGACGACUUAGCUAUGAGUUUUUCGGAUACAGUUUUUGCGUUUUGGGAGGACCUCAAGUCCUCAUCGGAGAAUUCAUCAAACUCCGGCGUCUCCCUGGGCGAAGAAGAAGAGGACGAGAAUUUUAGCACCCUACAACAGAGCAAACCUUUCUGGGAUGAACAAGACCAGCUCCUCAAGGCUACUUUAUGCAGAACAACCUCGACAGAGUCUAAAAUCCGGCAAGUAACGAAGGAGGCUCUGGAAGAAUUAAACGAAUCAUCAGGUAUGCAAAUGCAAUGCGCUUGCCGGCGGCCGGCGAUGGCGUACGGCUGCCGAAGUUGCCUCCGGAGAGAAAUAUGCAGUCGCCUUCAGAACCAGGGUUUUAAUUGCGCCGUUUGUCAAUCUAAAUGGAAGAGCUCUUCAGAGAUCCCAUCAGGGGAGCACACCUAUCUGGAAGUGACAGAAAAAUCGAGAAGUAAAAGUGGAGAAGUAAUAAGAGUGGUGAUAGAGUUAAAUUUUCGAGCUGAAUUUGAGAUGGCACGUGCGAGCGAAGAUUACAACAGAUUAAUAAGCCGAUUACCAGAAGUAUUUGUGGGAAAGGUGGAGAGAUUAAGAGUGUUGAUUAAGAUUUUGUGCUCGGCCGCUAAAAAAUGCAUGAAGGAGAAGAGAAUGCACUUGGCUCCAUGGAGAAAGCACAAGUACAUGGAAGCAAAGUGGCUGGUCGGAACCUUCGACAGGUCAUCGGCGGUGGCCCUGUCGGUGGCCGGUGACCAUGUUGUCCGGCCACCGAAACCCAAGACUUCAAUGCUCACCUGUGAUUUACUGGAGAACAUUCCGGGCCUGCACCGAAGUGUAGUUGAGGUUUUGUGAGGAGACUCCGAGAAUUUUGCCGACGCAUCUUAAAUUUCUUGUCCUCGUUCAUAAUAAUAUAAGAUCCAGUGUACAGAUUGGAAUAUGCGAUUAAGGAAAAAAAUCAACUAAUUAAGCGGAAAAUAA